AUGGGUGUGCUGUGGGGGGGAGUCCUGUCGAGUUGGGUCAUGGAGAACCACCAUGGCAACCGGCCAUGGUGGCAGUCAUCGCAAUAUGCCGCCUGUUUUCUGUGUUGUUGCCAUCGCCACCCACCACAGGUGGGUGUUGGGUUUAUGUGUACGAGCAAAAGGAUGUGGGGCGUGUUUCUGCUUCAAGAUCUGUGUGGUUUGCGUGUCUACUUGACUGAGAAACAAAAGAGAUCACCACCACCACCGUUAGGUGGUGGCUGCCGUCCCAAAAGCUAUUGUUGUUGUCGUUGUGAGCCACCAGGUGGGUGGCUGGGGUGCAUCUCGCAAUCUGAAGCAUGUAUGUGUGUUGUGUAUGGUGUUUGUUUGGCCAGAAAAUCGAGUAUAACCACCAUGUGCCGCCGCCGGCCGCCAUUAGAAACUCAAACCACCACCGUAGGGUGGUGGCUGCCGCCACCGGCUGCCGUGUCAGGUGGCGGUGUGCUGGUCUUAUUAGCGAAACCAUUAAUUAAAGUGUUAGAAAACACUUGCUUUUGUGUUGGGAAUAGUUACCGAAAAUGGCUUGCAGUGGAAGGAAGGGUUUUCGGUCAAGUUCAACCCCAGAACAAGAUUCUCGGUUCAAUGAAGCCCAUCUCUCGUUUGACUCAACCAAUUCAACCCGUACUCACUACUUCAACCACAACUUCGACAACUACAGUUGAACCUGAUCUUGAUCAAGCAAAAACAACUUUUGAAGUUGGGAGCUCUGAGCAUGUAUCCCCUACAAGGUAUGGGCAUGAUAUUGCCUCGGAAAGGCUUUCCAGGUUCUUGGCUGAAAAUGAAGCAGAUCUUCCUUCUCGCGGUAAAGGUAUAUCUAUAGAGGAAGGCAACUUGAAGGGGGAUGAUUCAUCAAAUCCAGAGCUCAAGGAGGAGAUUACUGUACUCAAACAGCAAAUACUCACUACUUCAACCACAACUUCGACAACUACAGUUGAACCUGAUCUUGAUCAAGCAAAAACAACUUUUGAAGUUGGGAGCUCUGAGCAUGUAUCCCCUACAAGGUAUGGGCAUGAUAUUGCCUCGGAAAGGCUUUCCAGGUUCUUGGCUGAAAAUGAAGCAGAUCUUCCUUCUCGCGGUAAAGGUAUAUCUAUAGAGGAAGGCAACUUGAAGGGGGAUGAUUCAUCAAAUCCAGAGCUCAAGGAGGAGAUUACUGUACUCAAACAGCAAAUAAUCGAAAAGGAUCUUCAAAUUGAGGACCUUGAUGCUUGUCUCUCUGUGCUUGAAGCUGAAAGUUCCUUGAAGACUGAUCAAAUUUCAGCACUUCAGCAAGAAAAUGCUCAAAAAUCCAAACAAAUGUCUGAUCUUCAAAUCAACCUUGGUGCUCUUUCAGCUAGCUACUUUGAUCUGAAGAAUAGACUUAUCGCUGACUUUGGAGAUAAGUUUCAGUCAACAGUUGAAGGCCCAAGUGUUUCUCAAGCUCCUACAACUGCACCAGCCACUACUCCAACUUUCGAACAAACUGAUAAUGUGUCGAUUAAAACUACAACGGUCAUUGACCGGUUUGAGAAGGAACCAACUCAAGCUCCACCCCGAAUCACUAUCAAGAGAGGAGGGAGAACAGUUACGUCCCAAAAAAGGGGGGGUUUACUCUUUAUGAAGAAUUAUGACCAGAAUAUUCGUGGAGAUCAACCUCAACUAACGGUUUACAGUCGUAAACAUGUUUACGACCAACCUACCCCUAUAUAUAGGGUGUGUCAGAUUCGUGUUAGGUUGUUGACGAAUCAGAGAGUCUUUAUAGUUUACAACCCCAGGGUGUAUCAGACGUUUAUUUGA